GACGGCAAGUGGAGCCCAGCAGAGCAGCGAAACAUGGCGACUCCGAACAAUCCACGCAAAUUCAGCGAGAAGAUCGCUUUACAUAACCAAAAGCAGGCACAAGACACGGCGGCGUUCGAGGAAGUCAUGAAAGACCUCAGCAUUACUCGGGCUGCCAGGUUACAGUUGCAUACAAAUCAGUAUUUGCAGUUGGGACCAAACCGUGGGCAGUACUAUGGAGGAUCUUUACCGAACGUCAAUCAGAUUGGAAACAGCACUGCUGAAUUUUCCUUUCAGAAGUCACGGAUGGACAUGAACAGGUCAUCACGACACCACGGGUUGGUGGACAGAGUCUACCGCAACCGAAUAUCGUCGCCCCAUCAGAACCCCCUCACUGUCGACAAACAUGGACGCCAAAUUGACAGCUGUCCGUAUGGCUCGGUAUAUCUGUCGCCACCACCUGAUACCAGCUGGAGGAGGACAAAUUCUGACUCAGCGCUUCACCAGAGCACAUUAGCUCCUGGCCAGCAGGCAUCCUUCAUGUGUGGCUCACAGGAGCUUCAGCCCAAGAGAGUUCUGCUACUAACGGUACCAGGAUCUCAAAUGUUCAAAAGGGAGGUUGUAGAAGAAGGGCAAAAACAGAACUGGGAUUGCAAAAAGGAUGUUUCAAGAUCCAAAUCCUACGAAGUCCCUGGAAUCCAUCUCUUUUCCGCCAGCAUAUUUCCAUCACCGGAGCAGCAUCUCAAACCAGUUGCUCACAGCACUGGUGGUUCUCUGCCUAACCUGUCAAACGUCCACUUCCCUCCUCCGCUGUCCACCCCGCUGGACUCCGAUGAAGCGGCAGCCCUCUCGUUCAGCUCUCCCAACAACAGUGCACAGAUGCUGGAUAAAACACGAGGAGUGAAUUCCUCUCAGCCCACAGUAACCAUGGAGAUGCAGUCUGGGCAGGACAACGUGGAGCCUCUCGUUCUUAACACAGGAGACCCUCACUGGCAACAUAACUUACAGCACUCACCAACAUCGGCACCGCUCCCUCUCUCUCAGGCUGCGAUCAACACCAUGAACCUGGACCAGCAGUUGUCCCAGUACGCCUUCUUCAAUCAGCGGCCGUCGUCCCAAAUACACCAGAACCAGCCUCAAACAGGUACGGUCCAGAUGCCAUCCACUGUGACCUCCUGCACCACGACGGACAGUCAGAUGUCCUCACAAUGCAACAUGGCCAUGGCCAUGGACAUGAAUACGGCCAGCCCACUCCAACAAUACCGCAGCAGGGUGGGAUCCUCUGCCAAUCAAUCUCCAACCUCCCCCACUUCCAACCAAGGCUUCUCACCUGGAGGUUCGCCUCAACAUAACUCCAUACUGGAUGGUGUCUUUGCUGAGUUCUAUGACCAGCAGGUUCCGCCCAUUCAGACCAGUGCACUCUCUCAACAGCUGGAGCAGUUCAACAUGACAGAAACAUCCAACUGCUGUGACAGCUUCAACAACCAGACCUCCACCCUCAACUACUCCCAGAUGAUGGGCUUGUCUGGUGGCCACUGUAACCACCAGGGCUCUCAGCAGCUGGGCUACAGUAGCCAUGGCAACAUCCCUAACAUCAUUCUCACAGUGAGUGGAGAGUCUCCUCCCAGCCUGCCGAAGGACCAAGCUGACCCCCUGUCAACAGAUAUCAGCUUCGAUGUUGAUGCCCACUUCCCACUGGACGACCUAAAUAUCGACCUACUGACACUUGAUGGCCUGCACAUGCUCAAUGACCCAGACAUGGUGCUCGCUGACCCAACCACAGAGGAUGCCUUUCGACUGGAUCGCCUCUGAUUGCAGAGUGCACUGGUCUUGGCUUCGUUUUGGCUUAUUCACCAAUUUGCCCGAUUUACUCCCAUAAAAAGCUUUUUAAAGAGAACGGCCAGCUUCCCUUCUUCUGGACUGGAAAAGUGGCAACAUCCUAAAAGCAUCAAGGUACAAACUCUGUUUGCGGUUCUGAUAAUGACAAGUAAAUGAGUUGUGAUUAUUUGGUAAAAGGUUAUAUGGUUUGAAGGAAUCGUGUGGUCUGGGCAAACUGACGAAGCAUUGUAAAGCAAAAGCAGUGGCGUAGUGUGGGGCUGUGAAAUGGCCGACACCCACAGGCUCAAAACCUCCAUUCAUCCAUUUUCCAGAGUGCUUAUUCUCAUUAGGGUUGGGGGUGAGCUGGAACCUGUCCCAGCUGACUUUGGGUGAUGGGCAGGGUGCACCGUGGACUGGUUGCCAGCCACCAUUAUUUAUCUAACAUAACAAAAAAAAUUGGAAAAAUAUAUAAAUAAAUAAGCCCCAAUUCCAUUGAAUUUGGGACUUUGUGAUUAACGUAAAUAUAAACAGAAUGCAAUGAUUUCAUCCUAUAUUCAAUUGAAUACACUACAAAGACAAGAUAUUUAAUAUUCAAACUGAUGAACAUUAUUUUUUUUUGGGCAAAUAUACUCUCAUUUUGAAUUUGAUGCCUGCAAUACAUUCCAAAAACUGGGACAGAGGCUACAAAAGACCGGGGAAAGUUGAGGAAUGCUAAAGAAAACACUCGUUUGGAAUGUUCCACAGAUGAACAGGUUAACUGGAAACAGGUGAGUGUCAUGAUUGGGUAUAAAAGGAGCGUCACCGUGAUAAAAGGAAAUAUAGAUAAAAGAUAGAAAGAUGAGAAAGAUAAAGGCCUAACUAGAAGCCAUAUGAACACACCCGCAAUAAAACUACUACUGAAACCAGGGAAAGACCCCACCACCCAGCGAAUUACUGACCACUGUCACCAAUUAUUAUGGACAUCAAAAUAAUUUCUAAGGCUUUAGCCAACAGAUUAAAAAGAAAUUCUCCCGUCGAUAAUACCUGGUGACCAAACCGGUUUCACUAAAGGUCAGAGGUCCACCAACAAUUUCAGUCGACUGAGAUACCUAAUAAGUAUGUCUCAGUGUAAUAAUCUAAAAGCAAUCAUCUUGUUACUAGAUGCAGAAUAAGCGUUUGACAAAGUUAACUGGUCUUUUCUUUUCGCACUACUUCACAAAUUGGGCUUCUGUGACUCGUAUGUUCACUGGAUCGCGACGUUAUAUAACUUACCCAAUGCAACUGUCACCACAAAUGGAGUCACAUCACAAAGUUUCACUUUACAAAGAGGAACUAGACAAGGAUGACCACUCUCGCCCCUACUAUUCGCACUAUUUAUCGAACCACUGGCAACAGCGAUACAGCAGAACACUAGUACUAAAGGAAAAACGUACCUGUACUGGAAAAACAUUGUGACGACUUAAAACGUUGGGACAGUCUACUUAUCUCACUUAUAGGGUGUAUACCUACAUUAAAAAUUAAAACAUUACCUCAAAUUAACUAUUUAUUUUCAGUGAUCCCAUUGUUCACAAGCAAGGAUGGGGUGAGUUUCACCACUUUAUGAACAUCUACGUGAGCAAAUAAUCUAACAGUUUAAGAACGUUUCUCAAUGUACAAUUGCAAGGAAUUUAUGGAUUUCAUCAUCUAAAUUCGAUAAUAUAAUCUAAAGAUUGAAAGAAUCUGGAGAAAUCUCUCCACAGUAAGCGGCAAGGCCAAAAACCAAAAUUUAAUGCCCGUGACCUUCGAUCCCUGAGGCGGCCAUGCAUUAAAAACUGACAUUAUUGUGUAAAGGAUAUUGCCACAUGGGCACAGGAACAUAGUCAGUUAACACAGUUCGUCGCUACAUCUACAAAUGAAAACUAAAACGCGACCAUGUAAAAUGAAAGCCAUAUGUCAGCAACACCCAGAAAUUCCACCGGCUUCUCUGGGCCCUAGCUCAUCUGAGAUGGACUAGCGCAAGGUUGAAAAGUGUGCUGGGGUCUGACGAAUCCGCAUUUUAAAUAUUUUUUUGAAAUCAUGGACGUCGUGUCCUCUGGGCCAAAGAGGAAAAGGACCAUCCGGAUUGUUAUCAGGGCAAAGUUCAAAAGCGAGCAUCUGUGAUGGUGUGAGGGUGUGUUAGAGCCCAUGGCAUGGGUAACUUGCACUUCUGUGAAGGCACCAUUAAUGCUGAAAGGUACAUACAGGUUUUGGAGCAACAUAUGCUGCCAUCCAAGCAAUGUCUUUUUCAGGGACAUCCCUGCUUAUUUCAGCAAGACAAUGCUAAGCCACAUUCUACACGUGUUACAACAUCGUGGCUUCGUAGUAAAAAGGUGCAAGUAUAAGACUGGCCUGCCAGCAGUCCAUUAUGAAGCACAAAAUAUGACAACGGAGACCCCAGACUGUUAAGCAACUGAAGUUGUACAUCAAGCAAGAAUGGGAAAGAAUUUCACUUACAAAGUUUCAACAAUUAUGUCCUCAGUUCCCAAAAUGCUUAUUGAGUGUUGUUAAAAGGAAAGGUGAUGUAAAACAGGAGUAAACAUGCCUGUCCCAGCUUUUUGGGAAUGUGUUGCGGGCAUCAAAUUCAAAAUGAGUGAAUAUUUGAAAAGAAAAUCCGGUCUUUGUAGUGUAUUUUAUUGAAUAUAGGUUGAAAUCAUUGUAUUCAGUUUUUAUUUGUUUUUUGUCCUUAAAUAUAUUUACAAAGGUGCUAUUGACAUGGAAAUUUCACCAGAUGUUGGGAACAACCCAAGUAAUCCAUACAUACAAAGUAAAACAAAUAAGCUCAGAAAUUAAGUUGUGUGUAAUAAUGUGAAAUGACACAUGGGUAAAAGGAAAAAAGUAUUGAACACAUGAAGAAAGGGAGGUGCAAAAAGGCACGGAAAGCCAAGACAACACCUAAAAUCUAUAAAUAAUCCAACAGCAAUCCUGCCCCUUGUCAGUGCAAAUGAAUAUUAGCUGGUUCAGUUGUAAUUGAUGGCCUACAAAAAGGUGUCAUUGCCAAGGUGUGAGUCAAGACACAUCACAUGAUGGGUAAGAGCAAAGAGCUCUCUCAAGACCAUCGCAAACUAAUUGUUGCAAAACAUAACGAUAGCAUUGGUUACAGGAGCAUAUCUACAGCUUCUGAAUGUUUCAGUGAGCACGGUUGGGGCCUUAAUACAUAAGUGGAAAGCCAAUCAUACCACCAUAAAUUUGCCUCGAUCAGGUGCAAAGAAUAAUCAGAUGAGUUGUUCGAGAGCCAAGGACCACCUGUGGAGAGCUUCAAAAAGACCUGGAAUUAGCAGAUACUGUUGUCACAAGGAAAACAGUGAGUAAUGCACUCCGCCGCCAUGGGCUGUAUGCACGGUCACCAUGCAAGACCCCAUUGCUGAAAAAAAAAGCAUGCCAAAGCUUGUUUAAAGUUUGCUGAACAAUAUUUGGGUAAGACCGUUAAAUACUGGGAGAAUAAAGUGUGGUCGGAUGAGAGCAAAAUUGAACUGUUUGGAUGCCACAAUGCACACCACGUUUGGAGGGGAAAUGGCACUGCACAUCACCCUAAAAACAUCAUACCAACAGUGAAGUUCGGAGGAGGGGACAUGAUGCUGUGGGGCUGCUUUUCAGCAAAUGGUACUGUAAACUUUCCAUUAUUGAAGGAAGGAUGAAUGGGAAAAUCUACCAGAACCUUCAAGAUUUGAAGACUGCUUGUGUGGAGGAAUGGGCCAAAAUCACACCAGAGCAAUGCAUGCGCCUAGUUUCUCCAUACAGGAGGCUUUUGAACCUGUCAUUGCAAACAGUUGGCAUGCUCAAUACUUUUUCCCUGUGUCAUUUCACAUUUAUUAAGCACAACUUAAUUUAGCUUAUUUGUUUUACCGGUACUUUCUUUGUACGUCUGGAUUACUUGGGUUGUUCCCAACAACUGGUGAAAUUUUCAUGUCAAUAGCAUCUUUGGAAAUCUAUUUAGUGAGAAAAAUGGUGAUGCGUUACUUAUUUCAGCCGCUGUGUGUGUGUGUAAAUAUAUACACAUAUAUAUAUAUGUAUAUAUAUAUAUAUAUAUAUAUAUAUAUAUACACACACACACACACUGCAUAUGGUCGCUACUUUGUUGAUUUGAUGAUUGUCUAUCGCAGGAUGUUAAUGCGGGUCUAUUGUAGCACAACAUUGUAUGAACGUUUUACAUACAAUAAGUGCUGUGAACGUCCAGAUAAACACUGCUACACUGAAUUGGUAGGACCCAGGGAGCAGGUUAACGGGGCCGCAAAUACUUGACUGGUCCUAGGUUCUGGAAACCCAUGCUGUGCCACUGUGAGACCCACUGAGAGCAGCUUCAGACUUCCCUUUACUGAGUUUGCAAUGUUUUAAUCCCACACAGGAGAUGCUGGAGUUUGAUUUGACUCACCUUGACAAUCAUCUGUUCUGCAUGAACUCUAAUCACUGUGCAUCCUUGUUAUGCCUUAAGUGCUCCCACGUUUCAAUUUUCACAGAAAGAUUGCUAAAAUGGAAAUGACAUAUUUCCAUCAUCUUGAGUAAUAUUUUCUGUUACAGCGGAGUUACUGUCACUGUAUUUUUGAGAUGUAUUGAUGUUUUUUUGUUACUUGUCACAAACAUUGUUUUGUAUUUUACCUUCAAGUACAGUAUACUAAAUGGGUUUUUUGUUGUGGCGUAGGUGUUUACAUAGUAUGUACAUUUGAUCCUCCAUGUACAUAAUGUGAGUAGAUUGAUGAAGUUGACCUAUGCAAAACACAGAAUUGAUUUUGAACUGCAGUCAGUAAAACUGAUUUUAACCUUUUAGAUCCUUGCUUAGAGGAAGCUUAAGUAUGUACACAAUUCUUAUACGGUGCACAGAAAUGCUGCCAUGUUUAUACAGUAUGUAUUUUGAUAUUUAAAAAAAAAAAAAAAAAACUUCGCAGAGACAAAUUGAAGUCUCUUGAUUGCUCCCAAAGAUGACAUCAGUGUAGUAGAAAUAUAUAUAUUUUUCCCCAGACAUUUAAACAGCCUGUAUUCUAGAACAGCAUUGUUGAUGCAAUCAGAAUGUAUUGAGGUCUAUGGAAAAAUGUUUGACCUUGAGUAUUUAUGCGAUAACCUUUUGUAUUUACAGUCGAUUCUAUUGUUUGGUCUCCAUGAGCAGAUUUGGGAUAUUGUUUGAAAGGAUCUUUGUUUUCUAUACACUAUAGUAAUACUGAUUACUUUCAUUGUUUUUAUAGUAUUUAUGGUGUCUAUCUGUCUAAUUUAUUCUUAGUUCGCCCCUCUGGUGUCUGGGUUCACAUUUCAAUUAGUCAGUGUGUUUACUUAAAACUUCUACACUACAACUACACUACACUACUUUAAAGAGACAGUUUUCAUACCACACCUCUUUAACUCUUGUGUGGACUGGACUCAUCAAACAUAACAUUCUUAUUAGCAAAUUAAAAUAAUUGUUCUAUAACUCAAAUACACAUUUUGAGAUAUUUUCCCAUGAUCAGCAAAUACACACAGAUACAAAUACACCUUUCAUUUGGGGAUUUUUUUAUAAUACAGCUGGUUUCCACGGUUAUUCAUUUUGAGGUAUAAAAUACAUAUUACAAAAUGUUCCUAAAAUUGUAUUAUUAAAAUAGAAAAAAAAUAAAAUUCUCAGUAAAUCUCAUUUUACGACUUUCAAAUUCUCAGUAAAUCUCAUUUUAUGACUUUCAAGCUGUUAGUAAUUUUAGGGGGGGGAAACAACAUUAAAGAUGCCCAUUAAAGUUACAUGCAUGCUGCAAUAUGUCAUUAUCAUUAUUUAUGGUGAGACAGACAUCUUUGUUGGGCCAUUUUCUUUGAGCUCGGACUGCACUUCUGUCUAUUUAACCAUUUUUUUCAUGUUAUUUAAUGAAAAUGAAAAAUGUGAUGUACUCACAUAUGUGAGGGCCCUUGGAUAUAUCAUGUUUUAAAAUUAAGUUUUUGCAUUACUUUGCUUGUUUUAUUGAUUGUAAUAAUUUUGUGAUUGCAUGACUGACUUGAGUCUGAUUCCCUUUUAUGGCUUGAUUUUUAUAUCCUACCUGUUGGUUUAAACUGUCAUUUGUCUAUCGAAUCAUGUUAUCCCGAUAAGUUGGAAGAAAAAAAAAACCAUCAGUUAUCUGUUAACUGUUUUUUUUCGUAGUGUUACACUGCGAAAUACGGUACCAUAUGUGCUUACUACUUUUAUAUUGUCAUGGUACUUGCUUUGUAUAUUGCUUUGUGCUUUAUGUAAUAUGAUGGCACAGUAAGAAAAUGCACUAUGAUGUAACAUGCUGCAAUAUGGAAUUAUCAUUAUUUAUGGUGAGACAGACAUCGUUGUUGGGCCAUUUUCUUUGAGCUCGGACUGCACCCUAUUUUUCAUCCUUGUUAAGCGACAGUGGAUAUAAAAAGUCUACACACCCCUGUUCAAAUGCCAGUUUUAUAUAUAAUAUAUAUAUAUAUAUAUAUAUAUAUAUAAAUUUGACCAAGAUAAAUAAUUUCAAACCCUC